AUGCCGGUGGGUGUUGUGGCGGAGGCGGCGCCCGCGGCGUCCAGCAGCGGCGUCGGGCUCGAGGCGAUCGCCUCGUCCAACAUGGCGCCGUUCCUGACGAAGCUGUUUGACAUCGUCUCCGCGACGACGACAGACCGCUGCAUCGCGUGGACAUCGCGCGGCGAUUCGUUUGUCAUCUCGGACCCGGACGGCUUCGCGCGUGACAUCCUCCCCACAUACUUCAAGCACAACAACAUCCGCUCUUUUGUCCGCCAGCUCAACACGAAGACUAGGUUUUUUCUGCGAAUCCCCAAAAUCUUUCCGGGGCUGCGCCGCGGUUUUCGAUUUUGA